AUGGCCGGCAACGAGUGGAUCAAUGGCUACCUGGAGGCGAUCCUCGACAGCGGCGCCGCUGCCUCGGGCGGAGGAGGCAGCGGAGGCGGCGGUGCCGGUGCCGGUGGAGGCGGCGGUGACCCCAAGUCGCCGGUCGCCGGGGCGUCGGCGAGCCCCCGCGGCCCGCACAUGAACUUCAGCCCCACGCACUACUUCGUCGAGGAGGUGGUGAAGGGCGUCGACGAGAGCGACCUCCACCGGACGUGGAUCAAGGUCGUCGCCACCCGCAACGCCCGCGAGCGAAGCACCAGGCUCGAGAACAUGUGCUGGCGUAUCUGGCACCUCGCUCGCAAGAAGAAGCAGCUCGAGCUUGAGGGCAUCCAGAGGAUGUCGGCAAGGCAGAAGGAGCAGGAGCAGGUACGCCUUGAGGCCACGGAGGAUCUGGCAGAGGAUCUGUCCGAGAGCGAGAAAGGGGACACCGUCGGUGAGUUGGCGCCGCUAGAAACGCCCAAGAAAAAGUUCCAGAGGAACUUUUCUGACCUCACCGUCUGGUCCGACGAGAACAAGGAGAAAAAACUCUACAUUGUGCUCAUCAGUGUGCACGGCCUUGUCCGCGGAGAAAACAUGGAAUUGGGCAGUGAUUCAGAUACCGGCGGGCAGGUGAAAUAUGUUGUGGAACUUGCGAGGGCCCUCGCAAUGAUGCCCGGAGUGUACAGAGUGGACCUCUUCACACGACAAGUGUCAUCCCACGACGUGGACUGGAGCUACGGGGAGCCAACUGAGAUGUUAACAUCUGGUUCCCAUGAUGCGGAGGGGAGCGGUGAAAGCGCUGGGGCGUACAUUGUGCGCAUACCUUGCGGUCCGAGCAACAAGUACCUCAAGAAGGAAUCCCUGUGGCCUUACCUCCAAGAGUUUGUCGACGGGGCCCUUGCGCAUAUUCUGAACAUGUCCAAGGUUUUGGGCGAACAGGUUGGCCGUGGGAAGCCGGUCCUGCCUUAUGUGAUCCAUGGCCACUAUGCCGAUGCGGGCGAUGUCGCUGCUCUUCUUUCUGGUGCACUGAAUGUGCCGAUGGUGCUCACUGGUCACUCGCUUGGGAGGAACAAGCUGGAGCAGAUCAUGAAGCAAGGGCGUAUGUCCAAGGAGGAGAUCGACUCAACCUACAAGAUCAUGAGGCGUAUUGAGGGUGAGGAGCUGGCCUUGGAUGCAGCAGAGCUUGUGAUUACUAGCACGAGGCAGGAGAUUGAUGAGCAGUGGGGAUUGUAUGAUGGCUUUGAUGUCAAGCUUGAGAAAGUUUUACGAGCAAGGACAAGGCGCGGGGUUAGCUGCCAUGGCCGUUUCAUGCCUAGGAUGGUGGUGAUUCCUCCUGGGAUGGAUUUCAGCAAUGUUGUGGCUGAAGAUAUCGAUGGAGAUGGCGAUAAAGACGAUAUAAGUUUUGAUGGUGCCUCACCGAGGUCACUACCACCAAUUUGGGCUGAGGUGUUUCGGUUCCUGACCAAUCCUCACAAGCCGAUGAUCUUGGCUCUGUCAAGGCCUGACCCGAAGAAGAACAUCACUACUCUUGUCAAAGCAUUUGGAGAAUGUCGCCCACUGAGAGAACUGGCAAACUUAACUCUGAUCAUGGGGAACAGGGAUGACAUCGAAGAGAUGCCUCCCGGCAACGCGAACGUUCUCACCACGGUCCUGAAGCUGAUAGACAAGUAUGAUCUGUACGGAAGCGUGGCCAUCCCCAAGCAUCACAACCAGGCUGAUGUCCCAGAGAUUUACCGCCUCACGGCGAAGAUGAAGGGAGUCUUCAUUAAUCCUGCUCUUGUGGAACCUUUUGGUCUCACCCUGAUCGAGGCUGCGGCGCAUGGGCUCCCAAUCGUCGCCACCAAGAAUGGCGGUCCGGUCGACAUCACGAAUGCACUGAACAAUGGGCUGCUAGUGGACCCGCACGAUCAGCAUGCCAUCGCCGACGCGCUACUGAAGCUGGUGGCGGACAAGAACCUGUGGCAGGAGUGCCGGAAGAACGGGCUGCGCAACAUCCACCUCUACUCGUGGCCGGAGCACUGCCGGACGUACCUCACCAGGGUGGCCGGGUGCCGGAUCAGGAACCCGCGCUGGCUCAAGGACACGCCGGCAGACGCAGGCGCCGAUGACGAGGAGGCUGAGGACUCGCUCAUGGACUUCCAGGACUUGUCGCUCCGCCUCUCCAUUGAUGGUGAGCGCUGCUCCCUCAACGAGCCCGCCUCCUCGGACCCGCAAGACCAGGUGCAGAAGAUCAUGAACAAGAUCAAGCAGUCGUCCCCGGCAGCCGCGGCUGAAGGUGAGAAGAAUCCGGCCGAGGUUCAAGCCCCCGGCACCGUGAACAAGUAUCCUCAUCUCCGCCGUCGCCGCCGGCUGUUCAUUGUGGCCGUGGACUGCUACGGCGACGACGGCAAGGCCAGCAGGAAGAUGCUGCAGGUGAUCCAGGAGCUAUUCAGGGCGGUCCGAUCCGACUCCCAGAUGUCCAAGAUCUCCGGGUUCGCGCUGUCGACGGCGAUGCCGCUGUCCGAGACGCUUCAGCUCCUGAAGCUGGGAAAGGUCCCGACAGAUUUCGACGCGCUCAUCUGCGGCAGCGGCAGCGAGGUGUACUACCCUGGCACGGCGCAGUGCGUGGACGCAGGGAGGCUCCGUCCAGACCAGGACUACCUGAAUCACAUCAACCACCGUUGGUCUCAUGACGGCGCAAGGCAGACGAUCGGGAAGCUCAUGGCGGCACACGACGGCUCGGGCAACGCUGUCGAGCCAGACGUGGAGUCCUGCAACGCGCACUGCGUCUCAUUCUUCGUCAGAGACCCCAAGAAGGUGAACACGAUCGAUGAGAUGCGGGAGAGGCUGAGGAUGCGUGGCCUCCGGUGCCAUCUCAUGUACUGCCGGAACUCGACGAGACUGCAGAUUGUCCCUCUUAUGGCAUCAAGGUCACAAGCACUAAGGUAUCUUUUCGUGCGCUGGGGUCUGGCCGUGGGCAAUAUGUACCUGAUCGUCGGGGAGCAUGGUGACACCGAUCGCGAGGAGAUGCUCUCAGGUUUACACAAGACAGUGAUCGUGAAAGGAGUCACCGAGAAAGGCUCUGAGGGCCUGCUGAGGAGCUCAGGGAGUUACCAUAGGGAGGAUGUCGUCCCGUCCGAAAGCCCCUUGGCUGCCACCACGCGUGGCGAUCCGAAGGCCGAUGAGAUCAUGCGGGCUCUCAAGGAGGUCACCAAGGCUUCCAGCGGCAUGUAAAUUGGUUGCCCGGAAGCCCUACGAUACAUCUUCAUGGGUGCCUCUUAUUAUAUUCUGCUUGUUUAUAACCGAAAGACGGAACCAUUUUCUCUUUUCUUUGCUACAUAUAUAAUCUUAUGAACACUAGCACGACUACAUCCUGCAGUGAGAAAUAAUUAAGACACUGCUGAUGAUGCCACUGUUGGCUCG